AUGGCAGCAACUAUGACAGCGGAAUUCACUCCCGACACACCACAGAAAGUAGUAUCCAAGGGAAAAGAGGCUCUAAUGAAUUCUAUUGAGGAUUGCCUCUACGGUUCCAUUGCCGGAGUAGCUGGAAAAUAUAUCGAAUAUCCUUUUGACACAGUGAAAGUUCGAUUACAAUCACAACCCUAUCAUCUUCCUUUACGUUAUACUGGACCUCUUGAUUGUUUUAAACAAUCGAUUCGCAACGAUGGGUUCUUAGGAUUAUACAGGGGCAUUAGUGCUCCACUCGUUGGUGCUGCUCUAGAGACUAGCAGUCUUUUUGUUUGGGAACAAGCAAGUAGGGAAGCACUUCUCAAGGCUGGAGUAUACAAGAGAGAUCAACCACUUCCUCUGGAGGCAUUGUGGAUGACUGGUGCACUAUCCGGCGCUCUUACUUCUUUAAUCCUCACUCCUAUUGAAUUGGUCAAAUGCAAAAUACAAGUCCCGGCGACCGCGCCAAAUGGUUCAGCUCCCGUCGCUGCAAAAACGGUCUCAUCAGUUAUUCGCGAGGUUUGGCAUCACCAAGGCAUUCGUGGUUUUUGGAAUGGGCAGCUAGGCACUUUGAUCCGUGAAACGGGUGGAUGCGCCGCGUGGUUCGGUAGCAAAGAGACAGUUACUUCUCUUUUCCGAAAGCUGAACGCUAAAAAUAGCCCCCAAAGUUCUUCCUCCGUUCUAUCUACUGAACUAGUACCUUUACCUUUCUGGCAACAAGCUCUCGCUGGUGCCUCAGCAGGCAUGUCUUAUAAUUUUCUCUUCUUUCCCGCAGACACCAUCAAAUCUCGCAUGCAAACCGCCUCUACUUCAUCUACAGCACCACGUACUACAUUCAUCCAAGAAGGUGCUCUUCUUUGGAAAAAACAUGGUCUGAAAGGCAUGUAUCGAGGUUGCGGUAUCACAGUUAUGCGAUCGGCACCUAGCUCUGCAUUCAUAUUCAUGAUUUAUGAUGGAUUAAAGAGCCGUUUCCAUCUUUCUUAG